GAGCUGAUCAGCGGGACAGAGUAUCCAUAUCCCUGUGUCCAGUAGUUUGAUGCACCAUGGAUAACCUGUCAGCAGAAGAAGUCCAGCUGCGGGCUCACCAGGUUACUGACAAGUCUCUGGAAAGCACAAGGAGAAUCCUGGGUUUAGCCAUAGAGUCUCAGGAUGCAGGAAUCAAGACCAUCACUAUGCUGGAUGAGCAAGGGGAACAACUAAAUUGCAUAGAAGAAGGCACGGACCAAAUAAAUAAAGACAUGAGAGAGGCAGAGAAGACUUUAACAGAACUCAACAAGUGUUGUGGCCUCUGUGUCUGCCCUUGUAAUAGUAUAACUAAUGAUGCCAGAGAAGAUGAGAUGGAGGGGAACCUGACUCAGGUGGGCAGCAUCCUAGGCAACCUAAAGAACAUGGCUCUGGACAUGGGCAACGAGAUUGAUGCUCAAAACCAGCAAAUACAGAAGAUCACAGAAAAGGCUGACACCAACAAGAAUCGUAUUGACAUUGCCAAUACAAGAGCAAAGAAACUCAUUGAUAGUUAAAGCUCUGCUGUACUUCUUUACCUGUUAACUCAGUUCUCUAGCUCUGCUGAGUCAUUUCUUAUUCAGAGUUUGAAAGGCUGUGAGAAGGAGCGGAGGAGGAAUACCUCCCUACUUUCU